AUGCGAUUCGAACGAGAUAAAUUGCUCAAACAGAUCAUUGUCCUCUUCUGUGUGGUAUGUCAAAUUGGAGGCAACGGUAUCCAGGAUGAGCGAGAGUGUGGUGGCAGCGCACACGACCGUUGCGCCAGGCUGGCAGGACCUCUGCUGCGGGACCCCAAUUUAGUAUUCCCAGAUAACAUAGCUGAUGUCAGGCUGGUCUGCAGUACUUGGGAUGACUUUGUGGGCUGUCUUCAGAACUAUGUGUCGCGGUGCUUCAGUUCGGACGAAAGGUCACAAUUCAACAAGGCGGUGCAACAACCCGUCCAGUCUAUUCAUAGGAUGUGUUCAGAUCCUGCUUAUCAAGAAGAAUACCUUACCCACGCGCCAUGCAUCAAACAAGCGGUAACGGACGCCCGUCAUUGCGGCGGCGCUUACCGGCAACUGGCGGAAAUGGUGGUGACGGGCGACGACUACCUCACCGGAGGCGACCAGAGCGGUAACAAUGGCGGUCGCGCUGGCCUUUGCUGUGCCUAUGAAUCAUUUUCUCGAUGUGUAGUUUCUGUUUCCCGAAUGAGAUGCGAUCUGGAUGACAGGGCAAGAACAGGCGAACACUCAGCUAGCAAAUUGGCCAGACAAGUUUUAGACAAAGCCUUAGGAUUUUUGGGAGAACAAUGUCAUAACUAUAUACCGAAUUCUGGAGAUUGCGCCAUGGCCAAUGUGUUGAGAACCACUUCAAUGGAAGAUUCUGAUGGUUCUCAAACCAUUGCAAUUCCUGCUUCGUACAACUCUCCUCAAAGCAGAACAACUGCUUGGGAAGCAGAAAGAGCACCUUCAGCAGCGCCGUCUUGGGGCCCACCUGUUCAAGCUUCAAUACCUCCGUCUUGGAUGAAUAACAAUCCGAAUAAUCCAAACCCAAAUGAACCAGAAAACAAUGAAGGAGGAUUGUAUUCACAUAGGAGCUCAAGACCACUGAAUUAUGGUAGAGGAAUGACAUGGACACCAUCAACAAAUGUGGAAUCAGCAAAUCCCAAAUCUGUUGAUAAUUUUAAUGGCAAUAGUGUAGUAAUGCAAACGUCAUCAGAAAUACCUUAUUGGGCUACAGCUAAUUCGAGAUCCUGGUCGAAUAAUGAACAAUCAUCUACCGAAACCUGGUAUCCAAUGGUCGGUGGUGUAGCCCCAGAGAAACAAGGACUCAGGGGUGGUAAUUCAUAUGCACCAACUUAUGAAGGAGGAAAUUUUGCUGCCUUAUUUAAAGCUAGUUGCAUAUCAAUCAUUUUAAGUAGUUUUGUAAUAUUACUCCUAUAA